AUCGAACUGUAGCACAUACAGUAUGCAGUCUUCAGUUGGCUAUCUUUUAGCCGAACACAUCUGCUGAUAUUUACGACAGCUAAACUUAAAAAACAACAACUAAACUUCACAAUGUCUAAACGGGCUGACCGAGUUGAGGAUUUCAUAGCAGCGACAUUUACACCAAUGAAAGAGAAUGGCGAUGUUAAUUUAGAGGCGAUUGACAAAUACCAACAGUUUCUUCUUGAUCAAGGAAUAAAUUAUGUUUACGUGAAUGGUUCCACCGGAGAGGGAACAUCACUCACAACUUCGGAGAGAAAGAGCAUAACUGAACAAUGGAUUACCUUGUCAAGAAAACCUGGCAGAGAAAUGAAAGUUUUUGUGCAAGUUGGCGGAACCAACUUUAGAGAAACUUUAGAACUGGCAGAACAUGCUGCAGAGGUUGGAGCUGAUGCCUUCUCUGCUCUUCCACCACUAUACUUUGUGCCCGCCACAGUUGACGAGCUUGUAGAAUAUUGCCGACAGGUGGCUGAGAAGGCACCUUCAAUACCAUUCUACUAUUACCACAUCCCUGAAAGAACAAACGUCCGAUUUGACAUGGAACAGUUCCUGAUCAAAAGUCGAAAUGUUAUUUCAAAUCUACGUGGCAUUAAAUUUUCUAGCAAAGAUCUCUAUGAAGGUUCUAGGUGUCUCAGGACAUUAAAUUCCAAAGGGGAAAACUAUGAGCUACUAUUUGGAAGUGAUGAGCAAAUAAUAUCCGCCUUUGCCAUUGGUUUCAAGGGAGCUAUUGGGACCACGUAUUCCAUCGUUCCCCGAGUGUAUCAGAAGCUGAAGAAAGCAUUCGACGCUGGACAUAUGAACGAGGCAGCUAGUUACCAAUACAAAAGCGCUGACUUCGUGAAAGUCUGUUUUGAGUUUGGAUCGGUCACUGGUGGUCUACUCCCAGCGGUGAAAUUCGUUCUCAGUCAGAUUGGAGUUGAUGCUGGCCCACCAAGAUAUCCCAUGAAACCUCUGGAUGAGUCGAGUAAACAAAAAUUGAUGGACAGACUUAACGAUAUCAAAUUCUUUGACUGGCAUUCAAAGGGGGAUUGAUGUUUUAAAAACUUGCUUUAUAAACAUUAAUUAGUGUUAACAUACACGGGACAUGUAGUUGAUAUUUCUUAAUUAAACUAUUCAGAAACAAC